CCAAGGAAAAUUAUAGCUUCUUUGAUCAUAAAACGGAUCAUCAUCAGCUUGUAAACAACAUCAUUUUGUUUUCUCUAUAGAGUGUGUAAAGCAACAAAAUCAAAGGCAAAAGAUAGAGAUAUAUCGUCCAAAUCAAAAAUGGGUCACCAUUCUUGCUGCAAUCAACAGAAGGUUAAAAGAGGGCUUUGGUCCCCAGAGGAAGAUGAAAAGCUUAUUCGGUACAUCACCACUCAUGGAUAUGGGUGUUGGAGUGAAGUCCCUGAGAAAGCUGGUCUUCAAAGAUGCGGCAAAAGUUGUCGGUUGAGAUGGAUUAAUUAUUUGAGACCUGACAUCAGACGAGGCAGAUUUACUCCCGAGGAAGAGAAGUUGAUCAUUAGCCUUCAUGGGGUUGUAGGGAACAGAUGGGCUCAUAUUGCAAGCCACUUGCCUGGAAGAACAGACAAUGAGAUAAAGAACUACUGGAACUCAUGGAUCAAGAAGAAGAUACGCAAGCCUUCAGCACCUCCAACCAGCACUGCUCCUACUAGUACUAAUCAUUCCCAGAUUAAUUAUCCUUCAAACCAAUUAGAGUUAUUAAAUCCGGACUUGAUGAGCACGGCAAUCCCUAGUCAUCCAGAAACCCUAUUUUCUUCUCCAUCCCCAUUAUUCAUAUUCGACACAAGAACUACACUUGAUGGGAUUCAAGUUCAUGAACAUGGGGAUAAUGUAAGAGGAGAGGUUUUUAAUGAAGCGGCUAAUUUAAACACUGAGAGUAGCUGGAACCUGAAUCAGCAUCAAGUACAAGCAUUCCCCCCUUCAACUUCUUUCAUAGUGAGUAUGGAUUCGAACAACUAUUUGCCACCAUUGGUGGAGAACAUGGAAGAUGAAGGAGAAAUGACACUUGAAUACUUGCAGAGGCAGCAGCAGGAGUUGAAUGAAUGGGUGGAAUCCCAGCAAUGUUCAAACUUUCUCUUCUGGGAUAACAUUAAAAUCCAUGGGGAAGAAGCAUUGCCACCAGCUUCAUCAAACAUGCCAACUACAACACUAUCUUCAUUCCCCACUUCAUUAUAAAUUAUUAAAAGGCUUUUCGAAAGAAGAAAAAAAAGUUUGUUUUUUCUUUUUCUUUCUUUUCGGCUUUCUUUUCUUUGUAACUUUAUCUGGUGAUGAGGUUGUGAAAUGUGAGGGACUGCAACAUACAUAACUAUGCAUGAUUCC